AUGCGAGAGGGGGUUCAAUGGUCUCCCAUGAUUGAGGCCAUAGUGCAGAAGCAAAAGACAUUAAGAUUAACAUCAAUAAAAUCAGAAAACGAUUCCAAUUUUGUGAGAUGGAAGUUUGAGGAUACAAAGCAGCGACUCUUUGAUCAUGCGAGACCUUUUGUGGAAGAGAUGAGUAUAAAGGACUUGGUGAGUGAGAUAAAGGGAUCGAAGAAGAACAGUGGACAGAGAGAAUGGUUGGCCUUCAAUUGCAUGGUUGGGCUUCCACACAUGGGGAGGAGUAGUAUGAGUCAUGUCAUGGAGUUUCUGAAGACAUCCAAGGAACUCUUAGCCUAUUCUGCAACCAGUAAAGGAGUUGCAACUUUUGGUGAUGGAGAAGCUGAGGAAAGACAGAGAAACAGAAAAUAUGAGUAG